UAAUUGUCUGGACAGUAUCCGAUCAUAUCGAGAUAAUCGGUUUGUGAUAAACAAAGGGGCAAUUAAACACUGGGUUAGAAAUGCUGAAACAAAGAGUGUCAAAACUGGUGUGAACAAUUAAAUAAAAGCAUUAACAUUCAUAUAGAGGAUUUAUUUAAUCUGUAACAAGCCUCCAGGUGAAGCCUGUUACCAUGGUGCUGUUUGAUACGGAUGCUGUGUAUGCUCGGUUGACGAGCAGAUACAUCGGAAGGGAGAUACACUUCAAACAGUCCACUGGGACCACAAUGGAUGAUGCAGCUCAAGGGGCCAAACAAGGUAGAGGUCAUGGGACUGCAUAUGUAGCCGAUGUUCAAACCAACGCUCGAGGUUCCAAAGGAAGGAGCUGGAAUGCUGUGUCAAGCGGAAACAUCUAUGUUUCAUUCAUCAUUCAUAGAAACGCUGUAGAUGGAGUGGCUACCCCAGAGCGGCACUUUGAGCAUGACCUUGAACUUGCAGCCUCACUGUCAGCAAUGGAGGUCAUAGGUGAACAUGGGGUUACUGGGGUCAAGGUCAAAUGGCUGAAUGACCUUUGGAUUAAAGGUCACAAGAUUCUGGGUGCCUUGGCAGAAUUUAAGGGUUUAAUUCAAGUUAAGGGUGCAAGCAAGUACCUGUACAUACUUGGGGUUGGACUGAAUCUGAACUCCGACAUGCGUCAUGUGACCGAAUUAUCAGGCCUGGCCACAAGCUCGCUGUGUGAAACCGGACGACUUCUGCAGAGAGAGGAAAUAUUUGCCGAUCUGUGCAGCCGCUUGGACGUUAAUCUGACCAAAAACAGGGCAGAUCUUAUGGAGCUCUACCAAAAGAAUGCUGCAUUCAGCGUUGACACUGAUUUGAAAGUUUACUUCACAAAUACGAGUUUGAAGUCAAAAGUUUGCUCUUAUCAGGGUGUGGAUGUAAAUUGGGCAAUAAAACUGAAAGACAAAGAUGGCGCACUUUUUACUGCGCCAAUCACAGAGGUGUCUGUGAGACCAGUCCAGCAACAAGCCGUGUACGUACUGAGUGGGGAAGGCGUGGUCGACUGGAGUUGUCGUCUGCUCAUGAAGACCUGCACAUCGCUCCUGGAUACCGUGAAGUACGAUGUGAGGAGCGUUACCAUGACAGCGCUGUUGAAUGGAGGAAUUCCCAGAGAUUGUGCCUUGCUUGUGAUUGGUCAGCUAUGUGAACUGCUUCCUAGCAGCUCAUUCGUCAAAAUAGUCAGGUCACAUGUGCAGACAGGUGGGACAUGUUGGUGCCUUAGCAAUGGCUGCUAUCUGUUCCUAGACACUUCGUGCACAGAUUCAAACGCAUACCAGUUGCAACCAGUUUCUUUAACAGUGUAUGGACUGACCCCAGGCACAUCAGAAACAACUCAGGAAUCUGUAGCCUGUCUCUCCGGUAUCAAAUUAACCCUCGGCAACAGUCGUCUUGUUGAAGAAGCAGGCCUAGAAAUUAUUGCAAACUACCCAAUCAAUGAGUCAACUGAUAUUGACACACACAUGGAUCAUGCUGUUAAGAAGAGAGUUGAUGAGUCGAAAGUGAAGGGUUUACCAAGAAAUAGUGCAGUUGUUGUGGUGAGUUCAGGAGAAGGGCUUGUGUGUUUGUGCGAACCACAAUUGGAAGUUUCCUAUGCAGACAUAAGGGAUUUUUUUCCGGAAAUUCAGCAUUUAGAGGAAAACCUUCACAGCACGUUCUUCCAAAGAGAUUUUUUGGUGCAGAGAAUAUUUGAUUAUCUGAAAUUGUAGGACUGUAUUUGCUAGCUAUUGAUUGUGUUAAAACAUUCUUUUUCAUACUUGUUUACUGAGAUCUUAUGAUUCAAAUUCGAAACUUAAUGAGCACUAUCCCUGUAUGGUGGAAGUGUGCAUAGUCAGAUUGUUCCAGUGAAAUGAAGGAGUUAUUGCCCUUUGAUUAUAAGUAUGGGAUUUUCGUUUUUGAGAUCAUAGGAAGUAAUGAAUUCAAAUAGCAUUAAACGUAAUAUGCUCUUUCCUUUUUGAGUGUAAUUGGUCAGGUUUUUCCUUUUUCAGGGAGUUAUUGACCUUUGAAAUCAUGUCUCCUUUUGAUGUCGGACAAUAAUGAUCCAAGUUUUAUACAAAUUUACAAACAUUUUAAUCAAAAUUAUUCAGGCAGUUAUUGCCCUUUGAUUAAAAAGAUGAUUUAAAAUAUGACUUCAAAAUUAAUUUUACGUUAUUUUGUCAGCUCACAUGAAAUGAAUCAGAAAUGAUGAAUCUUUACAUGCAGUUUCCCUUCAGGAUGGACAUGCACAUAUUGUUAUGUUGUAUUGUGAGUUUCCAGGGAGUUAUUCCCCCUUAAACUAUAAUAUGUGACCAAACAAAGCGUAUCAUCAAGGACCAUACAGAUGAUCCCUUAUAGUGGUGUUUUUUUUCAUGUUUAGCAAAUUUUCCAGACAUGAUUGUGCUUCCGUAUGUGUAUUCAAAAGCAAAUACCUCAUGUUUUUUUUAGCUCACCUGAGCACAACGUGCUCAUGGUGAGCUUUUGUGAUUGCCUUUUGUCCUUCGUGCGUCGUCCGUUGUGCGGUGUCAACAUUUGCCUUGUUAACUCUCUAGAGGCCACAUUUAUUGUCAAAUCUUCAUGAAAUUUGGUCAGAAGAUUGGUCUCAAUAUCUUGGAUGAGUUCAGAAAUGGUAACCUUUGCUUGAAAAACAUGGCUGCCAAGGGGCGGGGCAUUUUUCCUUAUGUGGCUAUAUAUGGCUAUAGUAAAAUCUUGUUAACACUCUAGACACCACAUUUAUUGCCCAGUCUUAAUGAAACUUGGUCAGAAGAUUUAUCACAGUAAUAUCUUGGACGAGUUUGAAAAUGAUGCCGGAUGGUUGAAAAACAUGGCCGCUAGGGGGCGGGGCAUUUUUCCUUAUAUUGCUAUAAUAAAUCUUGUUAACACUC